CAUCAUGGCGUUGACCCCGACGCGAAAGUAGACACGUGAGGCGCGUGGGUUGUGUCCAUGCUGGUGUACUGAGAGAGCGAAGAGGGCCCGAUCACCUAUAAAGCAGCCUGUGAGAUUAGAGGACAUUCUGAGCCAUGGCAGUCCGUGCUUCCUUUGAGAAUAAUGAAAUUGGCUGCUUUGCCAAACUGACCAACACGUACUGUCUCGUAGCGGUCGGGGGAUCAGAAAACUUCUAUAGCGUCUUUGAAGGGGAGCUGUCAGAAACUAUACCUGUGGUGCACGCCUCCAUAGCGGGAUGCAGAAUCAUUGGAAGAAUGUGUGUUGGGAAUCGUCACGGGCUGCUGGUUCCAAACAACACGACAGACCAGGAGCUGCAGCACAUCCGGAACUGCCUGCCAGAGUCUGUGAAGAUCCAGAGAGUGGAGGAGAGGCUGUCCGCUCUCGGGAACGUCAUCGCCUGCAACGACUACGUGGCUCUAGUGCAUCCUGACCUGGACAGGGAAACGGAGGAAAUUUUAGCAGACGUCCUGAAAGUGGAGGUGUUUCGUCAGACCGUGGCGGAGCAGGUGCUGGUGGGGAGUUACUGUGCUUUCAGCAACCAGGGGGGGCUGGUGCACCCCAAGACUUCCAUCGAAGACCAGGACGAGCUCUCCUCCCUGCUGCAAGUGCCCUUGGUGGCAGGUACGGUGAACAGGGGCAGCGAGGUGAUCGCGGGCGGCAUGGUGGUAAAUGACUGGUGUGCCUUCUGCGGCCUGGACACCACGAGCACGGAGCUGUCUGUGAUCGAGAGCGUGUUCCGACUGAGCGAAGCCCAGCCCAGCGCGAUCGCCACCACCAUGAGGGACUCUCUCAUCGACAGCCUCACAUAAAGGAGCAGCAGGCGUGCUGAGAAGUCUGUGCUGCACAGCCGUUGUCUUUCAUGAAUUAAGAAAAUGAAUUGUGACGGGACCAGCCAGCUUUUACAGGAGCUCUGUCAUCAAAUCUGGAACCAAACACAACCAACCCACUCUCUCCCUCUUAAAUGAUUCAAACAGCACCAAACUUCAUUCUACAGGAUGUUGAGAUGGAAUAUUAUGGUCGGAAUGAUCCUGAAUUUGUAACCUAGAGUAAAAUCUUUUUUAUAUUUGUCAAAACUAUUGGCUUCCUGCUGUACUAACAGAAUAUUGUGUGAGCAGCUCUUGCUAAAGGGCUAGUAAGGAAGCAGGAGAGGACUGUGUCAUAUUGUCAUCCGUGGAUCGUCCCAGUGUAUCGCUUUCAUUCACUUCUAAACUCAAUAAAGUCAUUGCUAUUCUGUGA